GUUGAUGAUAAAUAUCAGUACUCAAUGGACAACAGAGACGGUGGAGUUCAUGGAUGGAUAAGCUCUAAACCUGUAAUAGGAUUUUGGGUUAUCUUCCCUAGCCAUGAAUUUCAAAAUGGUGGUCCUACAAAGCAAAAUCUCACUGCCCACACUGGGCCAACCUGCCUCGCGAUGCUGCAUGGAACCCAUUAUAUUGGGGAAGAUAUAUUAGCUCAUUUUGGAGAAGGAGAGACAUGGAGGAAGGUUUUUGGACCCUUCUUUGUAUACCUCAACUCAACAGCAGAUGUAUCAGAUGCACACAGCCUAUGGUUAGAUGCAAAAAACCAGAGGCUGUUAGAAGAGGAGGCAUGGCCUUAUGAUUUUGUCUCGUCGCCUUAUUAUCUAAGCGCUAAAGAGCGCGGUUCCGUUUCAGGAAGACUUCUCGUCCAAGACAGGUAUGUUUCUGAUUCUCUAAUCCCUGCGAAAUAUGCGUAUGUUGGCUUAUCAGCAGCAACAAAAGAAGGAGCCUGGCAAACAGAAAGCAAGGGUUAUCAGUUUUGGGUGCAAACUGAUUCAACUGGAAACUUCACUAUCAAGAAUGUCAUUCCUGGCGUUUAUGGCCUUCAUGGCUGGGUUCCUGGUUUCAUUGGCGAUUACCUUGAUAAAGCACACGUUACUAUUUCAUCAGGUUCACACACAGAAGUUGGCAAUCUCACCUAUGCUCCCCCAAGAGAUGGUCCAACUAUGUGGGAUAUCGGGUUCCCUGACCGAACGGCCAAUGGCUACUAUGUUCCAGAUGUGAACCCCAUGUAUGUCAACAAGCUAUUUGUCAACAGCCCUGAAAAGUUCAGACAAUAUGGCUUGUGGGACAGAUACUCUGAUGUUGAUCCUGAAGUUGACCAAGUGUUCACUGUAGGCAUCAGUGAUCCAAAGAAAGACUGGUUCUUUGCCCAUGUCGACAG